AUGGUGGCCAAUGGUGAUGCACCUGCUAGAGGGAGUGCGGCGGCAGCUGCAAGCCUGCGUAGGCGCAGGACCACGAGCGGAGCUGCUGGUGGUGGAGGCGGUGCCAGCUCAAUGCUCCAGUUCUACACCGAUGAGGCUGCAGGGCGCAAAAUGUCACCAAACACUGUUCUGAUCAUGAGCAUUGGGUUUAUCGCUGUCGUCGCUGUGCUCCAUGUUUUCGGGAAGCUGUACCGCACCUCCAACUAG